GCCUCAUUACUGGGCUCGUCCGUUGACCAAAACAUGCCUUAGCUUGCUUCCCCACAGGAAGGGGACGUUAAUAUUAGCUAGUCCAGCUCGCUACUGUUAUUAGCUAACAGUUAGCUGCUCGGUUGGCUGUCUGCUAGCUAAAGACGUAAACAGUUUGCUGCUGUGCUGUCGUUUAAUCUGCGUUUGAGACCUUAUUUAGUCGAAAUGUUGUCAGGUUAGCCAGCCAGAGGCAAGCUAAUUUUAGCCCCUGUAGCGCCUGUCUGUCAUCCUGUUGGUUGGCUGCUUCUUCAUGCUAACAGCUUGGCUGUCUGCUAACAUUAGCCGCCUUGAAAAUAUCUGGUGAUGUUAUCAGUGUUGCAUUAAUAUCAAAUUAGCCCGUCAGCCAGUUCACCAGACAGGAUUUACUGCUCUGCAAUGGCUGGUUUUCUCGCUUUUUAUUGGAUCUCAAAGGUCAAACGUUUGUGCAUGUAGCUCGUUUAUAGAGACACCGUGUUCCUCUCUGGCUAACAAAUAACGACCUGGUGCAUGAUGUGAGGUGUGUAAAAGCCUUUUGACACCUGGAAGCGGCUGCUGAUAUGGUGGACCUGAGUCUGACCCUCAGGAGCCCCCAGUCUCACUUUUUUAUGAGAGCCUGGGGAAAAUGUUGCCACAGAUUAUGGAUCUAGGAUAUCAUCUUCCAUGAGAUUCCAGUUUCACAGCGCCUCAAUCAAACAGCUGUAAGAAACAUGGAGAGAGAAGCAGCUGAGAAGGAGAUGGAUGGCAUUACAGACACUGAUGAGAAGAUGCCUGAUGGUGAUCCCACCUCAGUGACUGAGUCUACUCAGUCGGAGGCCAGUCAGACUUAUGAUGAAUGCGGGCAGGAGGACGGAACAGCCUAUCUCAAAUCUCAGGACACCCCAAAUCCAGCUACUCCACAAGACUCUGGAAUUGGUGAAGCAGAGUAUUGUGGAUCUACAGAGGCCAAAGAGGAUACUGAGGAGGCUUCAGAUGGUUUUGAGCAAGAUGACACUGCAGAUCACGAGAACUCGCAUGUUAUAAAUCAAGAGGAGGAUGAAGCUGCAAAGGAGCAGCACAUGAAUGGGGAGUCUGGGUGGAGGAACGUAGGACCUGGACGGAGAUGCAAAUUGAAGAGCGGUGGGUCAGUCUCAGAGCAGAGCGGUCAAAGUGCUUUUUCCUCCAUUCAAAAAGGCAAUGUUAUGUCAGGUGGUGGACGGCACAAGCAGACCCGCAGACGUAACCACCACCACCAUCAACAGACCCGAGGCCGCCGGCGAACGGGCAACCAGCUUGUCUUGGCUUUCAAGGAGAUGCUGUCAGAGUCUCUGAGCUUUUGGUGCAUCUCCUGCGUCCACAUGAUGAUUGAGAUUAUUGUCACAUUAACUCACAAUUGUGGAGUCGGCGUGGAGACUGGAGGGGUGAAACUAUACAACUUUGGGCAGCAGCUUCUUGUAAAGAUCACAGACAUUGCAGGAAUGAAGGCUGACGCUUGUCGGAUUCUGAAAUGGACAAAAUGCACAGGAGCAGACCUGGUGGAUAAAAUUGUUAGGUCGGUAAAGUGGGUAAAGACAGCUGCCUUAUCUUGUUUAAGACUUUUCUGCGCUAUUGUUAUUCUCGGCUCCCAGUGGGCAAAGGGUGCGUUGGUUCGCCUUGGCGGAGAGAGGGGAAAACGCUAUUGGACAGCUUUUCAGGAGUCAAGGUUUUGGAAAAGGGUGCUGUCCCUGCUGGAGAGAGUCCGAAGCAGGUUCAGGAGGCGAGGCCAAGUACCACCGUCCAGCCCUGACUCACCCGGCAGAGCAGGGAGGAGCCAGCCAGGCCAGGAGCUGGAGAGACUGCUGGCCUUGGCUGAGGUGCCAGAGGAUGAGCUCGACCCCUUUACAGUGCUUGGUGUGGAGGUGCACGCCACUGAGGCUGAACUGAAGAAGGCCUACAGACAGCUGGCUGUCCAGGUCCAUCCAGACAAGAAUAAACACCCACGAGCUGGAGAGGCGUUCAAAGUACUGAGGGCUGCCUGGGAUAUCGUCAGUAACCCAGAGACACGACGAGAGUAUGAGUUGAAGCGUAUGGCAGCGACAGAGCUCUCAAAGUCCAUGAAUGAGUUUCUCACCAAACUGCAGGAUGACCUGAAGGAAGCCAUGAACACCAUGAUGUGCACAAAGUGUGAAGGAAAACACAAGCGGUUCGAGAUGGAUCGUGAACCUGCUGAGGCCCGGUUCUGUGCUGAAUGCAAUCGUUGCCAUAGCGCCGAGGAGGGGGACCUGUGGGCUGAGUCCAGCAUGUUGGGCCUACGUAUCACAUACUUUGCCUGUAUGGAUGGCAAGGUGUAUGAUAUUACAGAGUGGGCUGGUUGCCAAAGAAUAGGCAUCUCUCCUGACACACACCGUGUGCCCUAUCACAUCUCUUUUGGUUCAAAGAACAACAGCAACUCCACACGACACAGGACGCCCUCAGAGCACGCCACAGGUCCCACCAACCCUGCAGACCUGCAGGACUUCUUUAACCGCAUCUUCAAGGGAGGGCCUCCUAACGACAUGGCUGCCAACGGGGGCUUCUUCCCCUCAGGUCCACCCCAUCAUCACCCACCUGGUGCUGGAGCGCCACCGUUCUCCCCUCCCCCAAGCCAGACAGGUUUCUACAUGCCGGGGGGUCAACGGCCAGAGUCCAGCGAGACGUGGGCUGAAAGUGGCAAACCCCCCAGACGGAGGAAGAAGGUGCGCAAACCCUUCCAGAGGUGAAGCUUGUCGACCUCUCAGUGUAUCAACAUAGCAACACAGGGACACAAUAAAUAAUGGCCAUGUUUGUCUCUCGCCUGCCUGUUGGCAUGCCAAGAUCUGAACUGGAGAUUAUUCAUGUGGGUAUGGCUGCGAUCAGACCAGCCAGAGGAGAGAGAGAGGGAGAGACUGGAUCAUGAAGAACAAGUAUUGAAGGAGGGCUGAAGAGGUGGCAGUGAUGGUGCUUUACCUCUCAUUUCACCUUAAUUAUUUUUUUUUUGUUGGUCUUUAAGACGACUGUAGCCUUGGCAUUGAAAUCCUUAUUGGGAUGCUGUAAUGAAACGUUUUCCUCUCCUGCCAAAUCCUGCGAUGCAUGAUUUAUUCACCUGCAUUUUAACACUUCAGUUUUCUCACUUUUGUUGUUAAUGUUUUGUAUAAGGUUAGUUUGAGACGUUGGUUCCAGACAGAGUGACACUUGAAGAGAGGGUUCGUGUGAGUUAUGCAUCACUAUAAUUAACAUGAAGAAGAUAAUUAUCUGGGCAGCUGAACUGUGUCAGUGGUUACUCAUGUUCGAUCUGCACCUUGCCCACCAUAUUUCAAGAAUGAACCGAAACCAGUUAAACCCAACACAUAUGAACGAAAUUUAUAAGACUUAUGCAGUAGCCACAUUUUUAUGGGUGAGAUGGCCCGAGAGAUUUUACAGUAUCAUCAGAGGGUAGGGUGUGAAUCUCUGGUAGUGAGCCCACAGCAAGCAAGAUUUCAGUACACAAACCUUAGUGAAAGUUCCACGCAGUCAACCUCUAGCAUUUGGGAUCCAUGGAGGUGACUAGCAUUUGUUAUUUUUCCUACUUAUUUGUUAUUAUAAACAGGAAAAUAGUCUUUUCGACUGGCAGUAUGCAAAAUUUAAUAUUACCUGAAUCUUUCUAGAGCUGUGAAAUAACAAAUGUCUCUAGAAGUUCAAGUAAAUCCUUCCUAAGUUGUAUGAAUAUAUGGCAAUUUGUUCAGAUGUAUUCAUGCAAAAACUGAUGCUGACAUUUGUGUGGCAGCUACCAGAGAAUCACAUCCUGCAUUUAUUAACUGAGCCUGAGAGGUGAAAGUGAAGAUCUGGACCUGAGUAGGGAAAAUGAUUAAAGAGCCAUUUUUGUUUUGAGAUAUACUGAUUCAAACACACUUACUCUGCCUGCUGUUUAUUGUCUCAGCUCCAGAUUGACGUUAUAAUUACACCGCAGGUUCAAAUCUAACAGCAGGAGUGAGCUCAGUUGUGUUUCUAUAAUACUGAAUAGCAGCUGAGCUGCUUUGAGAAGGUCUCGAAAGAUUAAUAGUGACACCUUGACAUUUUGAAAUGUUGAUAUUUUUCUUCGGCAGGACCUCAUUUAUGUUUUUAAGACCACACAGAAUUGAUCUACACCACCCCCCGUCGAUUCACUGUGUAACCACACGAAAUGAAAACAGCAAAAGUGAUUUACAAAGCUUAUGAUUAACAGCUAUCAGAGUCUUACGUGUAAUAUGACUUCAGAAAUAUGAGCUAGUUUACAAAUACUGAAGCAAGCCUGACUUGCACAGAAACUUACAAUGCUGUCAUUUUUUUCCUCAUCAGCCUUGUUACUUUAAUAUGAUCAUCACUGACGUUACAGUGAUUCUUGAAUAAGACAGCAGUUAAAAAAAACACACUGCAUUUCCAACAUAUGCAAUAUGUUAAUGUCAUGUAGUUGAUUUGCAUAGUUAUUCAUGUGGCAAGUGGAAAAACAAAUGUUCCAGUAGUUUAAAUAUGAACACUAUUUUCAUGAUAGUUCUACUUCCUGUUAAGUGCCAUUUUAUGCCAGCGAUGUUGUUUCGGGGGAUCUUAAGCCAUCUACAUCAGUGAUCUGCCAUGACUGUCACCCAGCUCAGGACACGUCUGUGAAGAAAAAAAUCUACCAUAGAAAAAUAAACCUUCAAAAUAAUUGUACUACUCUGAGUGUGAAGAGAUUACAUCAGAUUUCCAGGUUAUUAGAUUUGAAAUUAUUUAUUUUUAUCGUCUUGUUUCAGUCUGCAGUGUCGUCUCAGUGGCUCCAUAAUCUGACUCUUUGGAGUCUUGUGCUAUAAACUGGUGUCAUCUUGUCCUCUGAUUAAUUUUGCUACCUGGAUGUGGUUCAGCUUUCAAAAUGUCAAGGUUGCAGAUUGUCAGAAAAUCCAAUCUAAAUCUAAAAAACUGAUUUCCUUUUGUUCCUGUAUGAAACGCCAUGAUGGGGUCAGAAAAAUGAUAAUGGGUUAAAUAUUGGGUUUUGUUUCUUGAUAUGGUUCUUGCAUAGAAAUAAUUUAAUUUCCCUCACAGAUUAAUUUAAGAAAACAGAGCUGUUAUUGUUUACACCUGAUAUGUGAAGAUUGUGAGAAUGUAGUGAAAUGUGUGAUAAGGCGUUUGAUAAAGGCUAUUUUUUUAUAUUGACAGUUGAUGAUGAAAAGUACCAUGUUCAAUAUUUUUUUUGUUUGUUGUUGUGUUAAUUUGCACACCCACCCCUGUAAUAACAUCAGAGGGAUUCGGAACAGUCAUCGGUGAUUUAGCCUAACCAGACUCCUCCAGCUGCAGCUGAGUAGGAGGUGUAGCUCGCUAAGCUAACAGCUCAUUUGCAAAUUAAGAUCUUUUUUUUUUGGUGUAGAAUCUGAAUGUUAAAUGAGUGACAAAUUUUUGAAGAACAUUUGAGUUGCACGACCCAUCACACUCUGGUUACCACCCAGCAUCAGAACUACUUUCUGGCAUAAUUGUAACUCAUAAUGUGGGUUUGUCUGGUAGCCUGAAGACAAAGAUGUUGACAAUGUUGUUCGAGCUCAUUGAAGCAGGAGGUUAAGUUUGCCAUGUUUCUUUUCAUGUGUCAAAUUGUUUGUCUUUUGUAUGCGUUUGACCAGUUUCUCAGACAUGGAUUCAGUUGUCAUCAAUUAAAACAGCUCUUUUAAAUGAAAUCCAACUUAAAAUGUAAAAAUAGUCCUUGAGUUGUGUGAUUAUGGUGAAAGCAAUUUGAUAGCAUAAAGGAAGGUUACAGCUAAACCAGAUCUACGAGGGCUUAAAUUAUUUUUUCAGUUGGGCAGGGUUAAAUUUUACAGAAGCGUGAUGCAGUCACCUGAAAAAUAAAAUCUCUAUUUUUCUGAAUUAUUAUCUCAGAAUUCUGAGCAAAAUUUCACGGGAAAAAAUACAUUUGCCUUGUUUUUCUAAAUGAAUGAGAAUCUUCAUAAGAAGUUUUUGUUUUUCUGACAUAAAAAGAUUAUCUAAUUAAUUCAGAAAAAGAAGCAGAUUUUUUUCUGUUAAAACUUUACUUAUAGAUUUGAGAUAAUGGUCUCAUUAAUUCAGAAAAAUGACAAAUAUUUUUUCCCCCCGAUAAAAACUUUUCUAGUAAGUCUGACAUAAUAAUCUUGUCAAUUCAGAAAACAAGAGCAGAUUAUGACACUUACAAGAAAGGUUUUCCUUUAAAAAAUCUGCUGUUUUUUGUUAAUUCAGAAAGAUGAACAUUUCUGAAAAGAAUUUUCCUCCCCAUGAAAAAUUUUCUAAUUUUUGACACAUUGAUCUCCUUGAUUCAGAAAAACAGAUUUUUCUUUUUUCUCAAAUAAAUGCGUAAUGCUAUCGUAACAUUCAUUCUGUUACUGUGAUAAUCAGAAAGAAAUCAACCAAAAUAAAUUUUAAAAUAUUUCAUUCACAAAUUUUGUUAAAUUGCUCCAGAAUUUUUUUCCGACAACAUGCAAUUUUUCAUCUUGCAUACUCAUUUAGACCUCGAUUAUGUGUGUUCAUAUCCACAUUUUCAGAUUUUUAGAUCAUAAUCGAUUGUCAAAUAAUCUGUCUUUAUCUGGGAAACUGGAUCCACAGCUGAAACCACGUUGAGCACAGUGCGUUGUUAUCCACACGUCCACCUUGACUUGAGAAUGUACAGUCCUGUAUGUUUAAAGGUAGCAGGUCGAAGUCCAAGAGGUCAAUGAAAGAGCCAACAAUUCAGAUUUUUUUUUCUUCCUUUUCCAAGUUUUUAACAGAAUAUGCAGAAGUAUUGCAAAAAAUAUCUGACAAUCAUCAGGGUUUUUUUGUAGGGAAUUGUAAGGCGAGUUCCCUGGCUGGCAAAGAGUUUUAAAAUAUCACUGUUGGGUUUCUUUCCCCCGCUUUCUCUGGUUUUCAGAAUAAAGAUGAUUUCCUAUAUGCACAUUGUUGUUCUGUUUUAUGCUCGUUAGGUACGUAAAUGAUGCCUCAUUUAUUUUGGCAGUGCAUAUCAAAGUUAUACCAUUUAAAACAUACAUGAUAAAAGUCAGGUUACACAUGUCAUCAUUACAAACAUCUUGAUAAGAAUCUGUUUUCGGUCCUUUAGAGCAGCCUGUUUGCCUGCAUAGGUCCCAUCCUUGAAUAUUUCAUUUUACUGUGCACCCUCACUGAAAAGAGCUCUGUGACACCAUUUUACCUCACAUGGCUUUUCCAUUCUCUGACCUUAUUAUCUAAUGGUGCUAUGGCCAUGGAAAGAGGGCAAGGUACAUCUACUUUUGCUCCUUAAAAGGAGCUGUUUCAGAGAGGUGCAGAUUCUUGCAGCUUGAUUUGAGUCUCAUUCACUCACUUGAAUUAUUGUAACCUUAUUCAGGUUAGACAGGCUGGGAAAAAAAUGUAGUAUCACUUUUCAUAACUGUAAUUUAGUCUCCCUUAAAUCCAAGAGAAAUCCUUGGGAUCAGUCAGGAGCAGCAUCAUGGUGACACAUUACCUUUCCUCUGGCAGUGAAGCGUUCCUCAGCUGUCCAGCAGUGAGCACUGUUCCUUCUUUUAACUAACAUGAUACUUUCUUCAUGUAGACAAACUCUUACAAAGCUUAGCUGUGUUUAAUAAAUGCUCAUCAGGUCUGAGCCAAACAAAAUUCACAAAUAAUGUUGACUUUGUUGGAGCUGCAAGGAGGAAGCUUCUCAACAGUAAGACUGAGAAACAUGAUUGUGAUUGUCUGAACUUUCUGCUGUCUGUUGCACUCUCCUCCGUGACAAAUCCCACUCAUCUGGUAGGAUGCAGAUCAGUGGUUCCCAGACUUUUUCUGUCACUCCACCCUUUGACCUCCUCUUCCUCAAACAUCAGUUCUUUGACUUUUUUUCUGGGAACAACAACUGUAUGUUUGAUUUCCUGUGUGUUUUUUAAUGCACAAAGACACAAGGCUUUCAUGAUAUAUUUAAAGUCCAGUGUGUAAAAUUUAGGGGGAUUUAGUGGCAUCAAGCACUUCUACUAGUUAAAAGGAGGUUUUACCAGAAGCUGAAUUAUUUGCAGAGGUCUCUUCCUCUACAAAACAAAUGGACCAGGUGAUUAAAGCCAGUAAAAACACUGAAUAAACCGGUUUCAUAUUACAAAUCGGUGUAUCCCUGAUGCUGUUUGGUACAUUACAGACAGUCAACUUGCCCAGCACCUGCAAAUAUGUGCUCACCCGUUUUCUCUGAUAACUUAAUGUGUGCUCACGAUUUAAACUGGUAGAAACUUUCAAUAAUGCCCUGAUCACACAGAAAGCCUUCUGCAGAUUGAGAAAUAUGAGAUGCACCACACUGCCUUUUUUUUUUUUUUUUUUUUUUUUUU